UUGCCUGCGUGACCGUGAAGAUGGGAGGUGCCGUGAGUGCCGGGGAAGACAACGAUGAGCUGAUAGACAACCUGAAGGAAGCACAGUACAUCCGCACGGAAUUGGUAGAGCAGGCUUUCCGGGCUAUCGAUCGCGCAGAUUAUUAUCUUGAAGAAUUUAAAGAAAAUGCUUAUAAAGACUUGGCGUGGAAGCAUGGCAACAUCCACCUCUCGGCCCCAUGCAUCUACUCCGAGGUGAUGGAAGCCCUGGACCUGCAGCCCGGGCUCUCGUUCUUGAACCUGGGCAGUGGCACUGGCUACCUCAGCUCCAUGGUGGGGCUCAUUCUAGGUCCUUUUGGUGUGAACCAUGGGGUGGAGCUGCACUCGGAUGUGAUCGAGUACGCGAAGCAGAAGCUGGACUUCUUCAUCAGGACCAGCGACAGCUUUGACAAGUUUGACUUCUGUGAACCUUCCUUUGUUACUGGCAAUUGCCUGGAAAUUUCUCCAGAUUGUUCUCAGUAUGAUCGGGUGUACUGUGGGGCUGGUGUGCAGAAAGAGCAUGAAGAGUACAUGAAGAAUCUUCUCAAAGUAGGGGGGAUCCUUGUCAUGCCGCUGGAAGAGAAGUUGACUAAGAUAACGCGUACUGGUCCUUCUGCUUGGGAAACCAAAAAGAUCCUGGCUGUUUCUUUUGCUCCUCUGAUUCAGCCCUGCCACUCAGAGUCAGGAAAAUCAAGACUUGUCCAGUUACCACCACUGGCAGUUCGCAGCCUCCAGGACCUGGCUCGCAUCGCCAUCCGGGGCACCAUUAAAAAGAUCAUUCAUCAAGAAACAGUGAGCAAAAGUGGAAAUGGACUGAAGAACACUCCCAGGUUUAAACGGAGGAGAGUUCGCCACCGUCGAAUGGAAACGAUUGUCUUUUUGGACAAAGAGGUCUUUGCCAGUCGGAUUUCCAACCCCUCUGAUGACAAUAGCUUGGAAGACUUGGAAGAGGAACGGCAGGACGAAGAGGAGAAAACCCUGCCUGAAACAAAGCCAGACCCCCCGGUGAACUUCCUACGAGAGAAGGUCCUGAGCCUCCCUCUGCCAGAUCCCCUGAAAUACUACUUGCUUUAUUACAGAGAAAAAUAAGUCUGUGGGAACAGGGAAAGGCAGCAGAGCCAACUGCUGAGCCCGAUGUCUGCCUUUGAGGGUUGCCUGGAGCAGGUGUGAUGGGCAAGGAAAGCCCUCUACUCUCUACGUUUCUUUUUCUAGUUUGUUUUCGAUCGUCCUCUAGAAUUUCUUUCAGUGCCGUGAUUUCUUUAUACAUAAUCUGACGAAUGUAAAGUGUGUGGGAGAGAGUUUUCUCAGAAGGGAGAGAAUCUCCUAGAGAAGGUGUUUGCUUUACCUCCCAGGAAACACUGAGGUCUGCACAAGGAGACUGCUUGUGGCUGUUUCUCACAGGGUACAGUCUGCGUUAAAGGUGAACACUGAAAUUGAAGUGAACCUGUGUUUCUUGUGCAGUGUGAAACAAAGCACAAGUCUGUAGGUGUAUGAAAUCUUUUCUGGGUGUGAUACACUGACGUCCAAGUUUGAAUUUUACCAUAUCAACCUCUUAAUUACUGGCCCUGAGUUUCACUAAACCUUUUAGUUUUCUAGAGGAGGGGAAACGUGAUUGAGAAGCCCUCUCUUAUUUUAAGGAAAUUAAUUAAAUCUUAUGUGAGUUGUCAAUUGCAAUUUUAAAAAGAAAAAUUUUGAUGAGGGAGGAGGAAUGAAAGUAAGAUGUCUUUCUGGAAUUACGAAAGAAUUCC